AUGGAUCUUAAUGUCUUAAGCCUAUUUUCUAAAAGACUGAAAGAAUGCAAGGUGCUCGACCAUUUGGAGAUGAGCACGACGCAGACAAAAGAACUGCAGCAAGCCGCAGGUGGAAAGCAUUCAGAACGAAGUGAAAUGAAAUCCAGUGUUAGAUUGGAAGGAGAGGAAAUCACAGUGGAGCUAACAAAGUUCAAAAAUAAUGCAAAUCUCAUCAGUUUGUCUUCUGAUAAGGAUUGCGGUGGAAAGGAAGAUGAAAAGUAUGGUGAAACUAUUCCGGUUCUUCUAAAUCUUUUCUCGAAUAACGGAACUGCGGAACCUGUAAUGUUCGACCCGCGAAUAAUGCCGAAAUCACAUAUUUCAGUAAGAAGGUUCAUUUUUUUUCUCGACACAUUCUGUUAA